UAUUUUUUCCUCUUGCAUUCCUCACGGUCUAUAAUUAUCCCGACUCACACUAUCAGUUCUUUGAAGCUCGGCAUCUCCAGGAACAGAAGCUCCCAUUUUCAGCACCUGAUGGAGAAAAGAAUACUUUACCAGAGCUUUCUUUCCCUUCUCCUCUUCCUCUAUCCUGCAACUAAAUUCCCCUUUCUCUGCGAUGGAAGAAAUACAGCACCCCUGAAGAAUCCGAAAACCCGAGAUCUCAUUACACUGAGGCGAUUGGAUUCAUACUCCGAUGAUUCUCCUCCUUCGCUAUUUCCCCCAGAUGAGUAUUCUAUCAGCCCUUCUUCCUCCUCCUCUCCUCAGAACUUUCCCCCCUUCUGCAUCUUACCACCCCCAUUCCCCCUCACCCCCAUUCCACCAUCCGGCAUUUUCCCCGCCCCAAGCCCACCUCCUUUUCCACCAUUUAUCAUCCCCAACCCACCCUUCGUCUUACCCGGCCCCCCUGGAUUCGAACCCAGCCCACCAGGAUUCGAGCCCAGCCCGCCGGGCUUUAUGCCGAGCCCUCCAUCAGGACUGACACCUAGCCCGCCGGAGUUCGUGCCGGGACCGCCGAUCUUCCUACCGCCGGUAAUCUUUCCGCCGCCUAACGUACCGCCGCCGCCCCCGCCGCCUAACGUUCCGCCGCCGCCGCAUGCGAUGACGACUCCGGGAUUGUGGUGCGUGGCGAAGCCGACGGUGCCGGACCCGAUAAUACUGGAAGCUAUGAACUACGCAUGCGGGUCGGGUGCGGACUGCGAGUCGAUAGAACCCAAUGGGUCAUGCUAUCAACCCGAUACACUGAUCGCACAUGCUUCUUUUGCGUUCAAUAGUUACUGGCAGAGGACGAAGGUGGCAGGCGGUACGUGCGACUUUGGCGGAACCGCGAUGCUCAUCACCAGAGACCCGAGUUAUGAUGGAUGCCAUUUCUUGAUCUCCUGAAAUUUUUAAAAUCAGCAAAAUAAUAUUACAGUGCUUUGCUAUAAGGGUCUGAAAAAUAAUAUUACAGUUUUAACCUUUUGGGUGAAUCACAAUACAUUUGUUGAUAAAUUUUGCAACCGCUUCUUGACCUAUAAAUUGUAGAGUGAAA